AUGACCCUCUGCUGCUGCUCCCCCUGCUGCCAGCCCACCUGCUACACGACCACCUGCUGCAAGACCACCUGCUGGAAACCAGCCUGUGUCACCAGCACCUGCAGCGCCCCCUGCUGCAAGCCCUGCUGCUGCCCACCUUGCUGCAAAACCACCUGCUGCAGGACCUGCUUCAAGAAAACCUGUGAGACCAGCUGCUGCAGCUCUCCAUGCUGCCCAACCAGCUGCUGUGUGUCCAGCUGCUGCCAGCCCAGCUGCUGUGACUCCCCUUGCUGCCCACCCAGCUGCUGUGUGUCCAGCUGUUGCCAGCCCAGCUGCUGUGAGUCCAGUUGCUGUGACCAAACCAGCUGUGAGUCUAACUGCUGCCCACCCUCUGCUCUCAGCCUUCUUGCUACUGGUCCGUUCCGCCAGAUAAACCCAUCAGCACGUGGCACUGACUGUAUUCGCCUCCUAGACUCUACUGACAGCCAGUGUGCUCUCACUGGAACUGUCCACCUGUGUGACCAGUUGCUGCACCUGCCCUGCUUUCAGCCCAGCUGCUAUGAUUCUAGCUACUGCCAACCCACUUGCUGCCAAUCAGCCUGCUCUGGACCUCUGUGCUGCACCCGAACCUGCUACCACCCCAUGUGUGGCUGGCUACCUGUGUGA